CCACACGCACACACACAAAAGGUGCAGUUAUGGUGACGUAUUUGGCAUUAACACUUUGUUGAACGCGCUUCUUUACGUAUCGCUUUUUAAAAAAAUAAUAAUAAUCAGGCACUAUGAUAGGCACCUUUUAUUUUUCCAGCUGGUGAUUACAAUACACUUGGUGUACUUGGUGUUGAGUUGGCAAUUCGCGCGUGGCCGCCAGACUGUGCAAAGGGAAGGGAGGACUAGAAGGAUCUCUGGAUUCUGGGCCAGCAAACGUGUCAAGAGAUUUUGUUUUUCAUCCACAAAGAAAAUGUCAUUAAGAAAAGUAAACAUAGCCAUCCUCAUAUUGGUUGUUGUUAUAUUUCUGUUAGUGCUGCAUCACAACUUUCUAGGUCUCAGUGAUCUCUUAAAAAAAGAAUUAUCAGAUUCAAAUCCACUAGGAUUUCAUACAAUAGAUUUUAUACCUGAAGCUCCUCAAAGAUUGGUAGUGAAAGAAAAUGACAAGGAAAUUCCUGUGGUCCUUACGGCAUCUGAAGAAAGGCUUGGUGGUGUAAUUGCAGUUGUGAACAGUAUUCAGCAAAACACCAAAUCUAAUGUUGCAUUCCAUAUUGUCACUUUGAAUGACACUGUGGAUCAUCUGAGGUCAUGGCUUAGUAAAACCAGUUUAAAAAAUGUUCAAUACCAAAUUUUGAAUUUUGAUCCUGGCAUGCUGGCUGGAAAAGUACGAAUAGAUUCAAAGAUGCCAAAUUCCAUAAAACCGCUGACCUUUGCAAGAUUCUAUCUACCUAAGUGGGUCCCAAAUGCAGAAAAGGCCAUUUAUUUGGAUGAUGAUGUGAUUGUACAAGAUGAUAUCCUUGAACUUUACAACACUCCAUUGCAACCAGGCCAUGCGGUGGCGUUCUCGGAUGACUGCGACUCUACCUCAAAUAAGUUUUCUGUCCGUGGAGCAGGAAAUCAGUAUAAUUACAUGGGAUUUCUUGAUUAUAAAAAAGAACUGGUUCGGAAGCUGUCCAUCAAAGCAAGCACCUGCUCUUUCAAUCCUGGUGUGUUUGUUGCAAAUCUAACAGAAUGGAAAAUACAAAAUGUUACUAAGCAACUAGAGAAAUGGAUGACACUUAAUGUUGUAGAAGAGAUAUAUAGCAGGACUCUUGCUGGAAGUAUCACUACACCUCCUUUGCUAAUUGUAUUUUACAAACGACAUUCAAAAAUUAACCCUAUGUGGAAUGUUCGCCAUCUUGGUUCAAGUGCCGGCAAAAGAUACUCACCACAGUUUGUGAAAGCUGCCAAAUUACUCCACUGGAAUGGACAUUUCAAGCCCUGGGGGCGAACAGCAUCCUUUGCAGAUGUUUGGGAAAAAUGGUACAUUCCUGAUCCUAGUGGCAAAUUUAACCUGAUUCGCAGGCACGGUGAUAUUUAUGCAACACAUUCAUAAAGACCUAACACUUACAUGUUUUUCUCAGGAAACCUGUAAAAUCAGGGUGAAAUCAGUAAUGGUAUGUCUGUUUAAUGUACACUAAAUUUGAGAAAGACUUGAAAUUGUAUGCCUGAAGCAGCGGCUCUGUGCCUUCAAGUACAAGAUGAAGAAUAGCUUAUCAACUACAGGUAGUCUUUGACUUAUGACAAAUGAGACCAGAAUUUCCAUUGUAGGUUGUUGUCAGACCCAAUUUUAUGAAAAUUUUCAUGGUGGUCAUGAAGCAAACCACAUGCUCUAGUUCCCUAAUGGGCAUGUUUUUGCUGGAAUUUUGCAAAAGAGGUCACAUAUCACAAUGUGAUUGUAGGAUGUUGCAACUUGUUAUGAAUCUGAGCCAGUUGCUAAGUGCCUACAUAGCAAACAUGAUCUUCACAGGAUGGUGCAACGGUUAUAAGUACAGGUCAUAAGUAACUUUUUCCGAGGCCAGCAUAAUUUUGAACUGUCUUAAAUGAAUAGUUGUUAAAUUGAGGAAUACUUAUAUACUCCGCUGGACCAGAUGAAUUCUUCAGACAUAAAUGAAACAUUACAAAAUGAACUUCACCUAGGAAUUUGACAUUUACUCCCAAGUAUGUGCAAUAUUAUCUUGCACAGCUAUUUUUUAAAGAAGGAAAACUUCCUCCUUAGCAGUAACCCAUGAACAUAAGUUUGUUAGAACUUUUUAGUAUUUAGUUUAUUAUUAUUUAAGUCUUUUGUAGAUUUAAUCUGUUUUUGUCAUUUAGUAAAUGAUGAAACUGCCCAACAACACUAAAACAGCGUUUAAAUUCAUGGAGAAAUCUUGAUUUGUUUGUAUGUGAGUUCAGAUUAAUCUACAUUUGAUAACUGUAAUAAAAACUAAUGUCUUAACAAUA